AUGGACAGGCUGCAAAACACCACCAAUGACGCAUCGAGGGCGAGGUACUCCCACAUAGUCAGCUCAGACGAUCAAGAGCGGCGUGGCUAUGCCGAGGAGAAGCAGGGCCUCACGAUGGUGCACGCGCGGCUGUCCGAGGACACGGACUCGACAUUACUGGAGCAGGUCGAUCUGAGCGAGGACGAUGAUGUUGAUGAUGACGAUCUGCGCGAAAGUGGCGACGGCAGCGGCAGGCGGCGGCGGCGGCAGCGCGCGAGGUUCGGCCCGGUGUGGCUGUGGGCUCUGCACGCCGGCCUCUUCCUGAUGUCGUUCAUGUUCUUCAUCCUGGGCGCAACCAUGGGGCCGUCGGUUGGCGCCUUCGUGCAACAGUUCUCCGCGUACUCGCCCGCGCUGAGCGCAGUCGAGUACGAGACUGUGACCUUUAACAACACCAAAGGCGCCAAGACGCCCUACGUGGGCGCAGGCCCGGAGGCCGACAAGGCCUGGGAGCAUGUGACGAUGCACAUGGGCGAUCAGAUGGUCGACGAAACCGACAUGGCGGAGCUCAACAAGCCGCUCGACCGGUUGCGCGUGACGGACGCAAAGUCGGGUGCGAGUGGCUGGCGCAUGGAGCUGGCCGUCGUACACCAGCUGCACUGCCUAAACCUCAUCCGCAAGUUCGUGCACAGGGAUCACUACGAGCCGCUGGAUCACGCCGACCUGGCCGUGCCGGAAGAUAAGUUGACCGGGCAUCUGGAUCAUUGCAUAGAGGCCCUCCGCAUGAAGGUCAUGUGUGAAGCCGACGUCGGCGUCAUCUUGUACCAAGAGCAGCCGGGAGAUGACGGGAAGCUUGAGCCUGAUUAUGAGACGCAGCACGUGUGCAGGAACUGGAACAAGGUCCGGGAAUGGGCCGUCACGCACAAGGUUGCGGAUAAGACAACUUUCUAA